AGCGGCCGCUCCAUAGCGAAAGCAGCAAAGAUAUGAUUGCCGAGCAGUCGCGCCUCCUGAGGGUGGCAAUCGGCAUUCAGCUCGCAAUAAUCGCCAAAAACCAUUAAUGGAUCGCAGUCGAAGUUUUGAAUUUGUAUCGAGAAGAUCGGCACUCUGUCUGAAAAGCAAUUUAUACGUGCUCUUAACAAAAUAUGAAAAUUUCGCGUAUUAUGAAAUGUAGAAGCAUGGGUGGUUCGAUAAGUAAAAUCGUGUUUUGCUAAAAUAAAUUUUUACGAACUUUUGUGGUCAUAAAAAAACAGAAUUUGUCAUUUACAACGAAACAAGUAUGUAAAUAUGUAUUUGGGAGUUGAACAAUAUUGAGGCGUGAUUCGGUAAUAAAACAGUAAAUUGUCAAUGGUGAUAAAUAUAAUAAAAGAAAACGCUCAAUGAUUCAAUUUGAUAAGCGUAAAUAGCGAAAAAAUUAAGUGGUGAAAAGCAACUGUUUAAAAAAUAUAUGAAGAAUAGUUAAAACGUGAAUACUGAUGUUGUCUUAUAUUAAGACUAAUUAAAUAAAUAAAUGUUAAACAAGUAAAUGUUUGAAGAAUAUCACCUUGAAUUAUGUGAACAAACACUGCCUUCACUUCCAAAUAAGUUUUGCUUCAGGAUUACAGCCUACAAGUAUUAUUUCGAGCACUUCCACCUUGAAACCAACGCUUACUAUUACUGAGAUAGCUCAGGGGAAUUCAGAAGGAAAACUUUUGACGCAACGGAGGUUUUGUUCCAAUCUUUCAACGGCGCAGCAGCACUUUUCGGUCUCCACUUAGCGGCCGUGUGUUGAAAUGGUAUUGCCAUUUGGUUUGGCCUCUGACGGUCAUAACGUAGCUGGCAACCAAACCAUGGUCACCCCCACAGCACCACCCGCUUUCCUAAUGCACGGCCACACAAACGUCUCCACUGUUGUGCCUGUCAUACCAAGUCCCUACAUCGAUUUCAUCGUUGUGAAUGGCGACGAUCGCUACAUGAUACGCUGCGAACGCAAGGCAGUGCUGGAAAACAGUGUUGAGUUGGCGAAGCUGAUACGAGCUGGUCCAAAUAGCGGUCGCAAGGGCGAUAAUCACUUUCAAAUAUCCAAUGUGGACAAGAACGACUUCGAAUUGGUCAUACGGUUUUUAGAGACGAAAUUCGUGCGGUAUCGCGACCAUUUGCAUAUACUGAAAAUACUGGAGUUGGCCGAUCGCUUCAAUUGUCCCGAUUUGGUAAUACACUGCAUACGUGAACUGGACCUGCAAUUGACGAGCGCAGUGGUGAUCGACAUCUUUCGUUCGCUGUGGUUCUACCAAAGCAUUUCAGUGCCAAACCAACACCAAUUGGGUGCUGUAAUUACAACACAGGAUAGUGCUGCCAACAAGAAGGCAAAACGUAAAACAACAAACCCACAAACAAACGCCAAUGCUGGUGGCGGCACCGCUGCUGCUGGUGCGGGCGACAAUGCGAAUGCGGGCGCUGAAUCAAGUCCACAUCCCAAUCCCUUUACAGCAGAGGAAUUCGGCAUGGCUUUGCUCAACAACUCGCUACAGCUGAUCGACAUGCACGCCCAAUUGGUGUUGACCAAACAGCAAAUCAACGAAUUACGCUUUGAGGAACUCGAAAUGAUAGCGAAACGUGAGGCGCUACAACUAAGUUCCGAGCUUGUGCUCUUCAAUUGUCUGGCGGACUGGAGUGUGGCCGAGUGUCAACGCAAAAAGCUCGACGCAACGGCCGAGAACAGACGACGUGUGCUCGGGCCGCUAUGCUACGCGCCACGUUAUUUACUCAUGAAUAUCAAUGAAUUUCGCAAAGCAUGUGAUCGCGUCGAACUGCUGGAUCCGGUGGAAGUUUCGCUCGUGAGUGAUGCCAUCGAAGGUAAAAAGCUAAAGAAUCUGACACCAGAGCAGAGUCAAUUGCUGGAGAAGUUUCGAACGCCACGUCCCGAAUUCCCAAAAAUGCCAAUACACCUUAGCGAUCGCACCAACCCGAAGAACUAUCCGAAGAAAAUGCGACGCGCCGAAAAGGGUGCAUCCGGCGAAGACGGUUGCUGGAGUAAUUUCGGCAUGAACUGCUUGGCAGUAUUCGCAUGCAUUUUCGACUAAAAUACCGUAGUUAAGUUACAACCUAGUGGACUAACAAGCAUUUGAAUAUUGAGAUAUACGCAUAAGCACAUAACCAACUGCUCUCACGUUUUGUACAAUUUGAAUUUUCCACUACUCCAUAGUGCAAUUGGUUAAGAGAGCGGCGCACAUUCAAGCUCAGAAAUAGUACCUCAAUGUGAGGCACUGUCUUUGUUCGAGUAUAGACGCUGAAGGAAGGGAAGGCGAAAAGUAAGAAUUAGAGUAUAUAUGCUGCAGGAGGAGUUGGCGAAAAGUACGAAUUAGCUAAAGUAAAAUAGUUAGAGUUAAUGCUGGGAUAAAGCUGUAAACUUUGGAUGAUCGAAGCUUAGUUGGCAUGUGAGCGAAUUGAAAAUUAGUUAAUUGUCCAGCUGUGCAUUUUCAAAGUAGUUUAAUUUAGGAAGCGAAAUUAAAUAAAAUUAAUUUACACUCUUUUUUGCGGGUGAGGGGGUAGAAAAUGCAUUCCGCAGCAUCAGAGCUGUCGUCACAGCAAAAGUGUGUGCCACUUGCAGGUCAUUAAAAACCCCGGAAGUUCAAAAAAAAGGGAAGCAAUUUUCGCUUCGCGUAAUAGCAGUGGAUCUAUAGUUCUACAAGCUUUUAUCUCUUUAACAGACAUAAAAUGAGCUAAUUUUUAUUUUUCUAACGGCUUAAUGCCUCGUUGUUUAUUUUCUUUUUAUUUUUUUUUUCCUACUUUGAAAAGAAAAAGCGACGGUGCUCUUACGUUUACGACUAAUUGCACUAUAACAAACAUAACCCUAAAGACUUACGCAUCGUUACAGUUACGUACUCAAAUAACCGAAUUAGGAUGACGAUGCAUGAGAAGUUGUAUUUGCAGCAGUCAUAGAGUUGUAUUUUCAGUAGUAUAAGCCAUGUUGUUGCUUAUGCAUAAUAUACUUAAAUAGAGGGUACCGCGUUAUAUGAACGAAAAUGUGAAUGAGAAAGGGAAAUAUUUCAAACCAACUAGAAUGUGUAGAUUAAGUUUUUAUACUGACAUACCGAUGCCGUGCGAAUUUGCUAGCGAAAUCCAUACAUAAAUAGUAACGCUAUAAUUGUAUAUACAUAACAUACAUACAUACAUAUUCCAGAGCAAGAAUAUUAUAGAAAUUUAUAGGCAAUCGUAUCGUUUGUAGCUAACAAUUGUGCUUGGAAAGUUCGUUGCCAUGUCUGACAUAUUACUAACAUAUACUUAGAUUUAAAUAUUGUACUUAUAUAGACCUAAUUAUACUUGUAUAUGUAUAUUUUUAUGUAGACCAUUAUUUUAUGCCAAUUUACGUUAUGUUAAGUAAGUUAUUUGCUAGUCAAUGUAACCAUACAAAUUUGUUUAUAGAAAAUUUGUUCAAAUAAUAUUAGCCUAAUUGAAAAGAAAUCUAAGUACAAUACAUACACGCAUCGUCUACAUGCAUACACGCAUACACGCAUACAUAACAACAUAUUAAAAUACACAGAGUUAGCUUUAAUAAUCAUGCAGCAUACAAUUUUAACAUAAAAUGGCGAUCAAACGAGUGUUUUAAUUUGAAACGAAGAUGCUGGGAGAGAUAGAAGGAGUUGGAGAGUUGCAAACUUUUUCAUAUUCAUACACAAAAUACAUUAUUAUUAAAUUAUAGAAAAAUUUAUGCAAGUUUUAAGUCAUUUUAACGAAUGGAAAUAUUUUUACGAAGGCAGUGGAUUUAAGGUGUGAAGCGUUUGUUACUUUUUAAAGCUUCGCAACCAAGCAAUCAUCAUCAGCAACAUUUUAGCGUGUGUACAACCAGUGUAGAUCUGACUACAAAUAGCGUAAUUAUAAGAACGCCACAAAUAUAUAACGAAAUUGGUACGAAUACUUUUGAAAACAGUAAAUAAGAUUAUAUUAUUAAAUAUAAAUAAAGCAUAUUGUUGCUUCUCAGCCAUAAAUAAAACAGUCACACUAUAAAUAUCAUGCCAUUACGAUUAUGUAUUUAAAAUUUCAACUCAGUUGCUUGCAUUUCUGUCAAUCUCAUAAAUUAAGCGCAAUAUUAUGCAAUCAAUGAACAAUUUGUAACAUAUACCAUAAUUGAAUACUAACAGAAAAAUACACAAAUAAAUAUACCACAAACGUUUGAAUAAA